ACCAAACUCACUCACUCACUGUCUGUUUUCAGUGCCUAUGACUAUUUGAUCCCGGCGGGAGACAAGAUUAUCGCCAAGACAGACAUCCAGAUAGCUGUUCCUGAGGGGGUCUAUGGCAGAGUUGCUCCACGAUCCGGCUUGGCAACCAAACACUUCAUUGAUGUAGGAGCUGGUGUUAUAGACCAGGACUACAGAGGGAAUGUUGGUGUUGUCAUGUUCAACUUUGGCAAACAAGAUUUCAAAGUGAACUGUGGUGAUUGUAUUGCACAGCUCAUCUGUGAGAGAAUAUACAUUCCUAAACUACAAGAAUUAAAGAUGACUCCAGGCUGUCCAACCCAACAUGCAGGACUGUACCCCACGGUUGGUUGACUUGUACUGUCCAAGCUGGCGUCCAGGAAUGAAAACCUUUCUGUUUCACUCAAAUACAUAGAAUACAUGUAUAUGUAAAUAAAAAAAGUAUCAAAUUUUA